GUGUCCGCCACUCUCCUCCCGUGAUUCGGCCGGUCGCGCCCCGGUUCGGCUCGGUUCUGGUCGGUUCUGGUCGGUCAUGGCGCUUCUCGUCCUCCAUCUUGGCUUCUUGUUGUUGUUGAGUUUUCCCGCCGCGGGGCGCGCGCGCAGGGACGUGCUGGAGCUCGCGGACGCGGACUUCGAUUACCUGGCAACGGAGCACGAGACCAUGCUCGUCAAAUUCUACGCUCCAUGGUGUGGUCACUGUAAAAAACUCGCCCCAGAUUUUGAAAAAGCUGCAACAAAACUGAAGGGAACUGUUCAACUGGCCAAGGUGGACUGCACAGCUAACAGUGAGCUGUGUGCGCGGUUCGGAGUGACCGGAUAUCCGACUCUGAAGAUCUUCAGGAACGGGAGGGACGCGGGCCCCUACGACGGGCCCCGCUCUGCAGACGGGAUCGUCCAGGUCAUGAAGAAACAGUCUGGACCUGACUCGGUUCUGCUCAGGUCCAAGUCCGACCUGGAGCACUUUGUCAAUCAUUACGAGGCCAGUAUCGUAGGCCUGUUCUCCGAGGACUCGUCGAGUCGCUCUGAGUUCCUUAAAGCCGCGUCGUUGCUUCGGGAUCAGUUCAGAUUCGCUCACAGCUCCGACCUGAGUCUGGGCCGAGACCACAACGCCACGGGAGAGUGUGUGCUGCUCUUCAGACCUCCGCGUUUGUCCAAUAAAUUUGAGGAGAACGUCGUGGUUUUCUCCGACCACCUGAGCAUCACCUCCCUGAGACGCUUCAUCAGAGACAACAUUUUUGGUCUGGUUCCUCACAUGACGCUGGAGAACGUGGAGCGUCUGCGAGUGAAGGACUUACUCACGGUUUACUACGACCUCGACUACGUCCACAACGUCCGCGGCUCCAACUACUGGAGGAACAGGGUGAUGCUGGUGGCGUCGAAGUUCCGUGGGCGGGGCCUGAGCUUCUCCGUGGCCAAUCGGAGAGACUUUGAAGCGGAGCUUCGGGAGGAGUUUGGUUUGGGUCCAGACCCCGGACUUCCUGUGGCCACGAUCCGGACCAGACUGGGACUCAAGUACACCAUGAGGGAGGAGUUUACGAGGGACGGUCGCUCUCUGGAGCGUUUUCUUCAGGAUUAUUUUUCAGGGCGACUCAAACGUUUCAUCAAAUCAGAACCCGUCCCCGAGAAGAACCCAGGACCUGUCAAGGUGGCGGUGGCAGAGUCGUUUGCUGACCUGGUGUUGGAUCCUCACACUGACGCUCUGAUUCUGUUUUACUCUCCUCUGUGUCAAUACUGCAAAAAACUAGAACCUGUGUACAACGAGCUCGCACUGCAGUUGUCCUCACACCCAGAUUUGGUGGUGGUUAAAAUGAACGCCGUGGACAACGACGUCCCUCUGGGCUUCGAUGUGCAGGGUUUUCCCACAAUUUACUUCUGUGGCGCCGGAAGGAAAGAAGAACCAGUGCGUUACGAGGGACCUCGAGAAGUGAAGGAUUUGCUUAAGUUUGUCCAAAGAGAAACUUCACACAGUCUGAGGACAAAAGGACCAAGGAACGAACUGUAGGAGACAAAGAAGGAGACCAGGAGACAAAGAAGGAGACCAGGAGACGAGCAGAUGAGGAGACAAGGAGACAAAGAAGGAGACCAGGAGACAAAGAAGGAGACGAGGAGAGAGGAGACGAGGAGACAGAGAAGGAGCCCAGGAGGACACAAGGAGCCAAGGAGAGGCACAAGGAGAGGAGAUGAGGAACAAGGAGAGGAGACAACAAGGAGAAAGGAGAGGAAAUGACUCAACAAGGAGAGGAGACAAGGAAAAGGACAAGGAAGCAAGAAGAGGAGACAAGUAGAGGAGGCGAGGAGACAAGUAAAGGAGAGGAGGAAACAAGGAAAGGAGAUGAGGCUGAACUCUCUAAAGGAACAGAGUCCAAUUCCUGUUUCUCAUCUCCUCGAUUCCUCCACAGUUUGAUCGAGGAGGCGGCGUAGGAAACGAGGAAAGGAAACGAGGACAUAGGUGACCUGUGACCUGCAGCCGCUCGUUUGUUCAGUGAGAAUCAGAUGUUGAGUUUGGACUUUGACUUUUUGUUUCUUCUGAGUUAAAUAUUUGAGGGAAACACGACGGCGGCGGCGACUUCCUCUCCUUUCUGUUUCUCUCGUUUCUGUUUCUCUCGUUUCUCUCCUUUCUGUUUCUCUCGUUUCUGUUUCUCUCGUUUCUCUCCUUUCUGUUUCUCUCGUUUCUGUUUCUCUCGUUUCUGUCGUUUCAUUUUUCGUUCUGUUGUUUGUUUGUUGAACUGUGUUUGUGACUGAAACGUUUACACUGAAACGCUGCACUGAUUUAACCUGGAGUCACGUGUUUACAGACUUUUUCUCCACCGUUUGUUUUAUGUGACGAAUCUGACUCUGUUCUUUUAUUUAUUUAUUUGGAUAAUUUAUUAUUUAUACCGACAAUGUC